AAUCCUGACCGUUCAAUUCCCUACCCCCAAAUAAAACCACAGAUCUCUUUCACAAAGCAAACCCUCUCUUGCUCUCUCUUCUCCAUACCCAAUUACGCCCACAACACUCUUCUUCUCGCCGCGCUUUUCAUCGUUUAAUUUUGAGUAGUAAAGCGAAUCGAAGAUGUUUGGGAGGGCAACGAAGAAGAGCGACAACACAAAGUACUAUGAGAUCUUAGGUGUUCCUAAGACCGCUUCACCUGAAGAUCUCAAAAAAGCUUACCGUAAAGCUGCUAUUAAGAAUCAUCCUGAUAAGGGAGGUGAUCCGGAAAAGUUUAAAGAGCUUGCACAAGCUUAUGAGGUUUUGAGUGAUCCCGAGAAGCGUGAGAUAUAUGACCAGUACGGUGAAGAUGCUCUCAAGGAAGGAAUGGGUGGUGGAGGUGGUGGCCACGACCCAUUUGACAUUUUCUCGUCUUUCUUUGGUGGCAGCCCGUUUGGUGGUGGUAUGGGUGGUGGAAGCAGCAGAGGAAGAAGACAGAAAAGAGGAGAGGAUGUUGUCCACCCUCUCAAAGUUUCUCUGGAUGAUCUGUACAAUGGGACGUCAAAGAAGCUGUCACUAUCUCGCAAUGUAUUGUGCCCCAAGUGCAAGGGGAAAGGAUCUAAGUCAGGUGUUUCAAUGAAAUGUUCUGGCUGUCAAGGGUGCGGGAUGAAAGUCACUAUCAGACACCUUGGCCCAUCCAUGAUCCAGCAGAUGCAACACGCUUGCAACGAGUGUAAGG